AUGUCCCCAAUAGAAAAGCACAACCCCACCGGCCGCUCCCCCCCCAUCCUGAAGGAGAUGAUCCAGAUGGCCGCAGAGAUCGCAGACGGGAUGGCUUACCUCAACGCCAAGAAGUUUGUCCACAGAGACCUGGCAGCCAGGAACUGCAUGGUGGGCGAGGACUUCACCGUCAAGAUCGGAGGUACGGAGAGACCCCCUGAUCUGUCUGUUGGUCUGACUGUAAUCACAACUACCACAAAAAAGACUGGCCCUAUUCCCAUCAAACUUAGUGGAAGGGUGUAGCGUGGACCACAAGGAAGAACUAAAUAUAUUU